AUGGUCUUUCGAUUCAUAAGAGCACUGCUUAACGAUGAAAGAGUAAUCCAGCAGUUAUCCGAAUCUGCUCCUAUCCGUUCUAUCGCUAAAACAAUCGUCAGAGGAAGAAAAACACUGGAGGAAAGAGUUGAGAAGAUGGAAGUGCCUUCACAAAUAGAUAGAUUUAAAAAGAUUUUUAAAGAAGAGUACCAGAAAAGCUUGAAGAAGUAG